CAUUUAUUUUUAAUCAAAUUUAACGGUUGAUUAAUCGGAGCUCUUAAAUGACCGAAACAACAAAAUAUGAAGUUUAAAAUGACCAAUAUUUAAAAGUUGGUAAUUAUUUUAGCUUAAACAUGAGUUGAAGAUUUUUUUGGAUUUAAUUUGAAAGUUCAGAAUUUUAAUGGUUGUUUUCUCGUGGCUUUAGUAUUUUUGAGAAUAUGAUUCCUCCACGUAGGGUAUAAUAGAAUCUUACUCUCGCCACCUCACCAACUAAAAAUAUCUUUUUUGUAUAUAACGACUCAAACAUCGACACGUAAGGUUGGCGCCAUAGGGCUCUGUCCCCGUUACGUUGUUUUAGGACCAAGUAAAUGUGAAAAACAAUUAAUAUAAACUCUUUAAGUCCUAAAAUUUAAGCACCCGAGGAUAACGCUCAGCCGCAGAACCUAUAUAUUUUUUAAAAAAAAUAUAUACAACUUAUACAGUAAUUAUCCACAAAUUAUCCACCGUAAGUUUCACAAGUUUGAACUAUUCCUUAAGAUGUGGAAAAGAAGAAAUAUAUUGUAAAAAAUCGAAACCUUCUUUGUAUCUCAAAAGACGAAAAUACCCUCAAAAGAAUUUUGAAUCACAGAAAACUCGCCACGAAACUCUCAAAUGCAAAUGGUACUUUCCAUUCUCGAUCUUGUUCCCUUGUUUCUGUCCGCAGAAUAAACGAGAGGAGAGAGAAGGAAGUAAGAGAUAAAGACAGGAUCAAAUCAAACACACACACACAAAAGAAGCAAAGAAAACUAUUUUGAUAUACUUAGAGAGAGAGAGAGGAGAUGGAGAAGAUGAAGUGUGAGCUAUGUGAGGGUGUGGCGAGAAUGUUCUGUGAGUCAGACCAGGCGAGUUUAUGCUGGGACUGCGACGGUAACGUUCACGGAGCUAACUUUCUGGUGGCUAAACACGCGCGCUGCCUUCUUUGUAGCGCGUGCCAAUCUCCUACGCCUUGGAAAGCUUCUGGCCUUCGGCUCUGUCCAACCGUUUCUAUAUGCGAGUCUUGCCUUGCUCGUAAGAAUAACUCCGGCGCCGGCAGCAAUAGUUACGGAGAAGACGACGGCGCAGAAUCUUAUGAUGAGGAUGAGGAGGAAGAAGAAGAAAGUGAUGAUGAGGAAGAAGAAGAAGAAGAAGCGGAGAAUCAGGUGGUGCCAUGUGAUGCGGCUGCGGCGGUGCAAGAAUCUCCGGUGAUGAGUUCAUCGUCUUCCGUUAGCAGCGGAGAGGAACGUUUCAGUUUGGUAGCGAAAAGGACGCGACAAGAUUCAGAACUUAACUCCGAUGAUGAAGAAUCAAACGACGAGUCACGACCUUUGAAACGGCUGACGAGAGAUGCAACCUUGCCAAGAUCAGCGGCUAUGAUGAAAUCAACCUUAAAAAUCAAACGACUGUGAUACACCACCAACAAAUGUAGAAAUGUCAGCCGUUGAUUUCUCUGCUUAUUCAGAUUAGAUUAAUCAUCACUGUUCAUUGCUAACAGUUCAUCUUUUAGUGAAUCGAGUUUAGCUCCUUUAAUGGCUUAGUUUGUUUACAUUUCUUUCUCUAAAACCACAUGUAUUCGUUGAACCAUUUUUGCUUAGUACGUUUUCGUUUUUUGGUUGUAUUAUUCACCUAUCUAUAGUUAUGUUUGAUUUUAUUUGUUUAAGCUAUUAGUAUGUAUUUGUUUAAUUUUGAAAAGUUUUUGGUUAGAGUAAAACAGGAGAUGUUUAAUC